AUGGUCAAAGAUCGUGAUCAUUUUGCAAUAAACAUCAAAAAACAAAAAGACAGAUCGUUUUCUUCAGAAAACAAUCGACUUAAUUACUUAUAUUCAUUUUGUCGUGAAAGUUUUGUGGCAUCUCACAAAAGUCGAAGUGCACAAAGAUAUUUGAGAAGUCAUGCUUCUAUUGAUUAUGAAAAACGACGUCAUGCACGUCAUCACCCUUACAUAAUUCAUCCAUUUAGUGUAUUCAGACAUUGGUGGGAUGCUUUAAUGGUACUGAUCAUAGCGGCUGGCCUAAUAGCUUUUCCUUAUCAAGCCGCCUUUGAUAUGGAGAGAAGUGAUUCUGCGUGGACUUUCAUAAAGAAUAUUCUGAUAUUUUUGUACUGUUGCGACAUCGUUAUCAAUUUUUUAACAGGAUAUUUUGAUAAUUCUCAAAGUAUGGCGGAGUUAAAGCCAAAGAAAAUAGCAAUAAUGUACGUUAAAAAAGCAUUCGUUUACGAUCUAAUUGGAUCUUUUCCAACAGAUUUAAUAUUUAUCAACAGUUGGAAUAGCUAUAUAGUUGCUCGAGAAAUGGCCUCACUUUUCCACAUUUUUCGCAUUAUUUCAUUUAUAAUAUACAUCAAUAAAUUAGCGCGAGAUUACGAAAUUUGUUGUGCUCUGUAUGAUUUUAUUAGCACGAUAUUUUGGUUGGUAAUUGCUCUGCACUGGGAAGCGUGUUUAUAUUGGAUGGUUCCGGUGGCUGUUGUUUCUUUCGUUGCACCUGAACGCCCACACAAUAAUUCUUGGAUCAAUUCUAUACAAUUGUGGGACAAUGCAACUAACGCAGAUAGAUACGAGCAUUGCAUGCUUCGAGCUAUUUCGACACUAAUGCACUCUGGAUACCUGAUCAAAACUGAGCCCCAUACAGCUGAGGAUCAGUACUUAGUAAUUAUUUUUCUAUUUUUCGGAACAAUAAAGAUUUGUUUCCUAUUAGCACAAGUGAUGCAAGUUUUCAAAGGCACCAAUUCGUCAAAAUUAAAGUAUCAGGCGGCCCUCGCACACUUAUCUCAAUACAUGAGUCAUAAGCAAUUGCCGCGUAAGACGCAGAAAAGGAUAGUGCAGUACUACGAAUUUAAAUUUCAAAGGCGCUUCUUCAGGGAGCCCGAGGUCUUGAGUAUUCUUUCAAUGCACAUGCGUCAAGAGAUCAGAAUGCAUUCGUGUCGUAAACUUGUAGAGAAUGUAACUUUUUUUAACAAUUUACCUAUUUCUUUACUAGCUCGUAUUGUCGGUCUACUAAAGUCAGAGAUAUACUUGACAAACGACUUAAUUGUCAAAGCCAACCAAACGGGUGACUGCAUGUAUUUCAUACAAAUCGGUACAGUGGCUGUGUAUACGCACAGUGGGAAAGAAGUUUGUCACUUGGAAGACGGUGCUCACUUUGGUGAAAUAGCGUUAGUGAUGUCAGACGCCAAAAGAGUUGCUAGUGUCGUUGCUGUUGAAACGUGUAAAUUGUAUAAAUUGGAAAGAGCUGAUUUUGCGCGAACGAUUCAUCCAUACCCGAUGCUGUGGGAGAGAAUGAAAAAAAUUGCUCUCGAGAGACAUGAAAAAACUACAAUACUCAACUCACAGUGA